AAGAACCGCAGGUGUACUAGUUGUGCGUGCUGAUUUGUAGUGACCACACAUUCAGGUUGAGAUCUUCCUCUCGCCGGCAAGCUGUAGAAAAAAAAAACAGUACAACUUCAUCAAAGUUUUCUCUCUCUUAUAAAAAAUGAACGCCGCUCAGGAGCAGAUACGAGAAGGCGACUCGAUGUCGCCCUCGGGUUUGAGCAGUCCGGGAGGCGCUUCUACCGUUUCGCCGGGCGACGUGGUGAUGGCGGAAAACAAAAUUCCUGUGGCGCUGGCCGAGGCGGUGCUGGUCGAGUCGGUGGACCUGACCGGGAAACCGGUCACGAAGGGUUACGACUUCAACAACCCUGGCCCGGUCGAGUACGAGAAGUUACUGGACAGCUACUUGCAAUCGGGCUUCCAGGCGCAGAACUACGGCAAGGCGGUCCAGGAGAUCCGCCGCAUGCUGGACUGGUCCCUCGCCAAAGAGCCCAUCGCGGAAGACGAGGAGGAGCAGUUCAAGGACCUGCAAGUCCGCGAGAAGGUGAAGUGCAAAAUUUUUCUGGCAUAUACCUCGAACUUGAUUUCCGCGGGCCUGCGGGAGCAGCUCCGCUUCCUCUUCCAGCACAGCAUGGUCCAGGUGGCGACCAGUUCCGCUGGGGGAAUCGAGGAGGAUCUGAUCAAGUGCCUCGCGGACACCUACGAGGGCGCCUUCUCCCUGGACGGGGUCGCCCUGCGCAAGCAGGGCUUGAACCGGAUCGGGAAUUUGCUGGUCCCGAACAAGAACUACUGCCUGUUUGUAUCCUGAGUAAAAAUGUCCCCACCCCAGAGUUGUCAUGCAAAUCUGCACCCCAAAAAAGUUUCUCAUGCGGAGCCCCAAGAGACCCAUUUUCUAGUUCUGUUUUGGAAUUUGUGAUGCUAGAAUCAGCAUGAUAUGCUACAUCUGUAAUGCUUCGGAACUAGCUAAACAGGAUUACACUACGAGGAUAAACUUGUCAUGCGAAACAUCCAGAGGUGGCUGAUUUGUCGGUAGCGGAUUUCCCAUCUUGAUUCUGGUGUGGGGACAUUUUUACUCAGGAUAGUUUGAGGACUGGAUGGCCCCGCUGCUGCACAAAAUGCACGACGAGCAGGAGCAGUACGGGGUGGUCUGGACGCCGUCCACCUUCAUUCACCGCCUCGGGAAGGAGAUCGACGACGAGCGGUCCGUUUGCUACUGGGCCUACAAGAACAACAUCCCGCUCCUGUGCCCGAGCAUCACGGACGGGUCCAUCGGAGAUAUGCUGUACUUCCACACCUUCAAGCGUCCCGGCUUUGUCAUCGACGUGGUGGCGGACAUCAAACGCAUCAAUGACGAGGCGAUGAAGGCACGGAAAACGGGCGUCAUCGUGCUCGGAGGCGGAAUGGUAAACAGGAGUUGUUUUAAACGAUUGUACUCAGUUGAUGGAUAAGUUGAAAAAAAGAAAAAGAAAGAAAGUUAAUAAACACCGACCUAGAAAAAAUUUAUUCCACGUAAAAAAUUAUCUUUCAGGUGAAACAUCAUACCAUGAAUGCUAACCUGAUGCGCAACGGCUGCGAUUUUUGCGUCUACGUCUCGACCGCGCAAGAAUUUGACGGGUCGGACUCCGGAGCGCGUCCGGACGAAGCGAAGUCGUGGGGCAAGAUUCGCGUGGAUGCGAACCCGGUGAAAGUGUACUCGGACGCGACGUUGGUGUUUCCCCUGAUGGUGGCCCAAACCUUCGCGCAACGCGACCGGGAGACGGAGUUUGGCAAGGAUCGGAUCUUUGACAAGGAUUAUACCGCCCUGGAACACGAAGCGGAAAAAGCCAAGCUGACGGGCGGAGCCGUGCCGAAAGAACUGAAUCAGUAAUGAAUUCACUUUGAUGAAGAUGGUCUUGCUCGUUACAGCUACAUUCGACAAGUACUUACAUUCCAAUUUGAGGACAACGACCCACCCCUACCACGACCAGUCAGCGAUUGCAAUGAAUUGCAUGUGCCCGUUUUGGCUUUGAUCAAUAUGAAUAUUUCAUUAUGUACAUUUAAU